AGGAAGUAGGCCGACGUAUGUUGUGGUGAUUCGUCCUUUUCUGCAACCACAGUGAAUUUAUCAGUAAUUUUCGAGUUUGUAAUCUCGAAACCGGGAUCUUUUCGACGAUGGACAGUCAAGAAUUGUGUCGAAUGGCAUUCUCUCCCCAGUCUUCACCUGUUUAUGGUGGUAAAACAAUAGUGGUAGCAUUUGCUGAUGAAAAUUCACUGCCAAAAGAAAAAGAGAUAUUUUUAGUGUUUGAAGGCUCUGCAAGUCGUCAUAUAACCUCAGUUAACAGACUUAAUGCAUUUACUCUGCAGGCAGUUAUUCCUGGUCAUGACCGAAGUGAAGUCGUACAGUUAUCUGUCUGUCUGUUCCAUGACAAUCAGCAUAUAGUUGUAGCACAGGGCAAGUUUGAAUUCAUGGAGGACCCAGUACAAAUCUUUGCUGCUUGGCUCCUUGAUAGUGUACAUGAUGCCAAUGCCUUGGAUAAGGAUGAGACGAUAAUUCAGAAUUCUGGAUUUGAUUUUUGUGCAGAAGAUAAGUCAAUAUUAGAUGUACAGCUUGCUAGUGCCUUUGAAAACUUAACUAUACCACAUUCCUGGAGUAUUGUGGGAGACACUUCCAGAUUGGAACAAGAGCCACCUCCACGAGAAACACUGCUACAUUUUGCAGCCAGACAAGGCUUCUCUCAGUUUGCAAUGCUUUUACUGAAUAAACCGGGAAGUGAUGUAUCGCUGCGGUUACCAAAUAAACAUGGUGAAUUCCCAAGAGAUAUUGCUCGUGAGAGGGGAUUGGAUUCAUUGGUGGACACAAUGCACGAAUACACUGGAGACAGUUCACCCGAGUGCGAGAAUAGAUCAAGAUCAUACCGUAAACACUGUAUUGGAACUGCAACUGUCACUAACAAAGUUAUGGUGGAAAGUAAUACUGAAAUUGGUAAGUGAAAUCAUACAUUUUUC